AAGUCCAUAACACAAGGCCUUUACAAGAUGAUCAGAUUAUGGAUUGCACUGCUCUUUGUUAAUCGAGGAUCUGCACUCGUUCCAGUAACUACAGCUCACCUCGGGGGACCUGUAACCUUCACAUGUGUUCUACCCAAGACUGAGACUGGCCGCAGAGACAUCCACUGGCAUAAGCAGAGUCUUGGAGACACUCUGAAAAUAAUAUGGACACUAAAGGAAUCUGCAACACCUAGGUUUGCACCUGAAUUUGAUAACUCAAGAUGGGAGGCUUAUUAUGAUAAAAAUGUUAGCAACCUGACGAUUUUGAGAACAAAUCAAGAGGAUGAGGGAAUCUAUCACUGUGGGUUCACAGAGUGGCUCCAAGAUACUACAUGGACGGGGACAUAUUUGUUAGUAAAAGGAAACACCCAGAGGAUAUCAAACUAUACCGUUGUUCAGGAGAAGACCAUCCGUCUAGGAGACUCAGUGACUCUCCAAUGUUCAGUUCUCUCCAGCUCAGUUAAUAAGACAUGUCCAGGGGGUCUUGAGGUAUUCUGGUUCAAAGAAGGAUCACAUAGAUCUCAUCCUAGUAUUAUCUAUACUGAUGGAAACGGACAUCAUGAAUGUGAGAAGAGAUCAGAGACUGAAAAGAGCUGUGCGUAUCACUUCUCUAAGAACGUCAGCUCCUCUGAUGCUGGGACUUACCACUGUGCUGUGGCCACAUGUGGGGAGAUAUUGUAUGGAAAAGGAACUAAACUGGACAUUCAAGGGUGCAGCGUGUGGUCACAGAGUGCCACUACAGUUAUUUUUCUGCUGUGUCCUGUACUGGUUCUGAUUGUUAUUGCUGUCCUCGCUUACACAAUCAAGAAAACCAACAGUAAUUAUUGCAAAGGUAGUUGGAGUUAUUCAGAGUUCUAGAUGUUAUGAAUCUUACAUUUGCAUUAAUUACUUAUAUGUCCUAUAUUCAAGCUGCUGUCCUGGAGAAAAACUUUGGUGAUUUGAAAAGCCAACAGGUAAAGUACCUAAUGGUAGAGUGUGUUAGAUUUUCAAGUUUUAAUGUUUAUAAUAUUUUUGUAUUGUAUUUUCCCAGAAAAAGGACACAUUGAUGUUUUCUGCUGUUGUGUUUACGAUGAUGAAGGCUGACAAAUACAAAAGACAGGAUGCAGUGAAGCGGCAGCAGAUCUACAUGGCUGUCAAGGCUUUUGGACUGGAUUAGAUCUGUUUACCACCCCAUCAUCCCUUUAUGUCAUAUAACAUUGUGGAUAUUUGCUUAAAGCGAAUGAGCUAUAAUGUGUUGUUGUUCUAUACCUCUAUCUAUAAAAAUGUGACCGCAUGCAUACUGCAACAUUUCUAGUGCAGUCUUAUGAUGAGUUUUUAUUUCUUUUUUCUCAUUUCAUUUAAGUCUAUAUUGAAACCAGUACUUAAGAAAUCAGUGCAAAACAGACAUUACUGAAGCUGAUUACACCAUGACUGAAAAGUCAAAGUAGUUAAAGUGCAUACCACAUGGAUGCUCGCAUCAUUCCCCUGCUGUCUUCCCAUUCUGUUAAAAAGUGACUGGAAAAGGCAAGUUCAACUGGAAAACCUGAUAUGUUUGAAUUUAUGUCAUUAACAUCAGGUAAAGUGAAACUAGUGCAAAGUUUUAAUGUUAUGCUUUUCUUUAACAAUAUAUUCCAACAUUUUUCAACAGAUUUUGAAAAAUGUAAGAUUUUUUUUAGCCAGUAGUGCUGGCUUUAAUUAUCUCUUUGAAUUGUUCUUUUUCCAGGGUGAAAUGAUUGUGCAGCAUGGAUUUUUAAUGACUUUCAAAAGCAAAAAUUGGGUGCAGAAAUUUGAUUUUUUUUUUAAGAUUUAGAUGGUAGUCUUUUGAAACUCUCUGCUUUCCUGGCACGGACCCAGCUUUUAAGCAUAGUCCUCAGAGGGCCCGGUGGCGCCAGUGUCCGGCAGUCUCGCCUCUGAGAGUGCACUCCAGGGUGGCUGUGGUUACAAUGUAGCUUGCUAUCACCAGUGGGUGAAUGACUGGAUGUGUAAAGUGCUUUGGGGUCCGUAGGGACUAGUAAAGCGCU